UUCGAAGUGCGCGUGGCAGGCGACAACGCCGAUGGAACGGAAGGAAGCUCUGGUAGCGCAUGGGCGAGAAGUGCUCGAGAGAUUCAAAGGAAAGGAACUCUCUCACUUGACUCAGCCAGAUAUGCCAUCUUCGUCGACAAGUGACGACCAUACAACUACAGCCCAUGCCACCGAUAGUAGUCCCCUGCUUCCUCGACAAGACAAGCUGUGGAGUACGAUCGUGAAUUCCCACGUUGAAAACGGGCAAUUGUCCGAAUCCAUCGAACGCAACGCUCUAAAGCUAGUAGACUACAUCUUGGCCAACGACAAAUCCUCGCACUCGAACUUGGCUCAAAUCGCCGCGCCGAUCGCGUCGGCUGUGCGUCAACUCUGCCACAAGAAGCAGCAGGUCGAAGCCGCCAUCCUUCGCGACAUCAAGUUGCUUGGGCCUCCCCUCGUCGUGGAUUCCACCACCACCAACUCGAGUGCCUGGGUUGCGGCUUCCGACGUCCAAACCCUGGUUAACGCGCACACGUCGUCGUUACAAGAAGAGUUGCACGCGGCUCAAAAAGCCAAUCAAUCCCUCGAAGUCAAGCUGCACGCGUACAAACUGCAGUUGCAGCAGACUUCCGACAUGCCCCCAGCCACGACAGACAUGACCAUUAGUGCAAAGAAGCCGGUCGAGUUGCAACUUCAGGAAAAGGACGAACUGAUCGCCGCGUUGAAAAUCACGUUGGAUGAAGUGGCGAGGGAGACGAGUCAGAUGGAGAAGCUCGUUGUGGUGCAGAUGGACAUGAUCGCCGAGCUCAAGCACGCGACGGCGGCUGGCCCCGUGCCGGUGAUGCUACCUCCUCCUUCUACUGAUGACGUAGACGAGGGUCACCAUCAUCCAGAUUCCCAGCAAAGCGAAGGGGAAGCUGUGCCGGUGGACGAUGGCUUGGUGCACAAGAUCGAGGACUUUCAGACGCCGCUGCCCCCGGGGUGGGAGAUGCGGGUCACGACCAGCGGCAACGUCUACUUUGUGCACAUCACGUCCAAGGUCACGACGUGGGUCGAUCCCCGCACACACCCCAUCCAAGUGCAAACCACUGGCCUCGACAACACUUCGUUCCCGUCGCCAUCGACCCAGUACUCGAUGGAGUUUCACGAGAAGCGCCGCAUUGGCAUCAUGUUCCAACCCAACUUCCCCAUCGAUCAAGGCGCGUCGGUCCACCGAGUGCUCCCGGAUACCCCCGCGGCGCUAGCGAGGCAAAUUCAUCCAGGCCAUCAAUUGGUCGCUGUGAACGGACAUCCCAUCCACGAUGCGUCGUUUAAGCACGUCAUGCUGCUCCUGCAAGGCGGCUACCGUCCGCUGAUUCUAACGUUCGAUCGAGGGAAUUCGGACACUCCGAGUGGCGGCGAUCGAGUCAAGUCUGACGACGACUUGUCCUUUGCGGAUCGGAUCAUCACGAGCGUGUUUUCCAUGAUGUGGUCCAUGCCGCCAGAGGAAAAGGAACCAGCGCACGUUUAAGACGGGAGUAGGAUUACAAGAAUAGUAUUUAAAACAGACACACAGAAUAUACGGAUCCGAAUAUGUUUUACCGGACAAA